UCUCUGCUCAGCUCUGCUCUGCUCUGCUCUGCUUUGUCAUUUCCCCCGCAGCCACACACCAUUCCAUUUCUCUCUCAAGGUGAAAACUGAGAAUUUGAGCAUUAGAAAAAAUGGAUUACGUUUAUGCACCUGGAAAGAACCAUCUCUUUGUCCCAGGGCCGGUCAACAUUCCCGAACCGGUUCUGCGGGCAAUGAACCGAAACAAUGAGGAUUAUCGUUCGCCUGCCGUUCCUGCUUUGACGAAAACUCUUCUUGAAGAUGUGAAAAAGAUUUUCAAAUCUACUACUGGAACCACAUUCCUGAUUCCCACAACAGGUACUGGUGCUUGGGAAAGUGCUCUUACAAACACAUUGUCUCCUGGAGAUAGGAUCGUGUCCUUUCUCAUUGGCCAGUUCAGUCUGCUCUGGAUUGAUCAGCAGCAGCGCCUUAACUUCAACGUCGAUGUCAUCGAGAGCGACUGGGGUCAGGGUGCCAAUCUUGAUGUUCUGGAAUCAAAGCUUGCCACCGAUGGCGGCCACACCAUCAAGGCAAUUUGCAUUGUCCACAAUGAGACAGCUACUGGUGUCACUAAUGACCUGUCUAAAGUUCGGUUCCUACUUGAUAAGUACAAGCAUCCUGCUCUUUUGCUGGUCGACGGAGUGUCAUCCAUAUGUGCACUUGAUUUUCGAAUGGAUGAAUGGGGAGUCGACGUUGCUUUAACUGGUUCCCAAAAGGCUCUUUCUCUCCCUACAGGACUUGGAAUUAUUUGUGCCAGUCCCAAAGCACUAGAAGCAUCCAAAACUUCAAAAUCUGUCAAAGUCUUCUUUGAUUGGAAAGACUAUCUCAAAUUCUACAAUCUAGGAACAUACUGGCCAUACACCCCUUCCAUUCAGCUCUUGUAUGGAUUAAGAGCAGCUCUCGAUCUUCUUUUCGAGGAAGGUUUGGACAAUGUGAUUGCUCGGCACAGUCGUCUUGGCAAAGCAACAAGGCUUGCUGUGGAGGCUUGGGGGUUGAAAAAUUGUACACAAAAAGAGGAAUGGUUUAGUGACACUGUUACUGCUGUGCUUGUUCCUUCUUACAUUGACAGUGCAGAAAUUGUGAGAAGGGCAUGGAAGAGAUACAAUUUGAGCUUGGGACUUGGCCUUAACAAAGUUGCUGGCAAAGUAUUCAGAAUUGGUCACCUUGGAAACCUUAAUGAGUUGCAACUGUUGGGAUGUCUUGCUGGUGUAGAAAUGAUACUGAAGGAUGUCGGGUACCCUGUUAAACUAGGGAGUGGAGUUGCUGCAGCUAGUGCAUAUCUUCAAAAUAACAUCCCUCUCAUUCCUUCAAGGAUUUAAUUUAUCUCCCAUGUCCAUGUAAUUAUUUUUCAUUUUCUUCAUCUCUAAUACUCUGUAAAAAAAGCACUUCUCAAUACUCUACUUCUGUUAUAUAUUUUGAUACUUUUUACUUUUCUA